UUGACCUUCACCAUACCUUCAUUCAUCAAUCAUCAUGAGUGUUUUUAAAAAACUGCUGUGUUUUGAAAUAAUUAUUUUUAUAUGAAAAUUAAACAUGAAAUAAAUACAAUCAAUUUACAAUAUCUACAUAAUUUAUAAGCAUUUCCUAUACUUUAAAACAGGCUUUUCCUGAUAACAUGAUCCGUCAAGGCAGUAUUGAUGACAUCAAUGCGCAACAGUUCCUAAAAUUAAACAAUUAUGAAGACACAGUGAGACAGCUAGACAUAUAUUAUGCCAUAGUAAAAAGACAACUACUAAGAUUUCAAAGUCCCAUAACUGGGUUGUUUCCUGUUUUGUCGUCUGAUCUGCACAUUGGCAGUGUACGAGACAGUAUUUACUGUGCUGCAGCUGUAUGGGGCUUGUAUCAAGCUUACAGACGAAUAGAUGACGACAGAGGCAAGUCACAUGAACUUGGUCAGAGUACAGUAAAAUGCAUGCGUGGCAUACUCGAGUGUUGGAUCAAGCAGGCGCCUACUGUAGAGGCAUUCAAAACUCGACAGAGUGCCGCCCAUGCAUUACAUGUGAAGUUCCACCUCACGACGGGUGAACCAGUGCUGAGCGAUGAACAGUAUCACCACCUGCAGAUAGAUGUGAUAUCACUUUACCUGUUGUUUCUAGUUCAGAUGAUCACUUCUGGUCUUCAGAUUAUUUACACACAGGAUGAAGUUGCGUUUGUACAAAAUUUAGUUUACUAUGUAGAGAGAGCAUAUCGGACACCUGAUUAUGGAAUGUGGGAGAGAGGCUCCAAGUACAAUGACGGAAAACCAGAGAUCCAUGCUUCAUCUAUAGGCAUGGCUAAAGCGGCCCUGGAAGCCAUAAACGGGUGCAAUCUGUUUGGUGACAAGGGCGCGUCGUGGAGCGUCGUGUAUGUAGAUAUCGAUGCUCACAACCGAAAUAGAAGCAUCUUCGAGACGAUGUUGCCGAGAGAGUCUAGUUCUAAGGGAGUCGACGCCGCACUUCUGCCAACUAUAUCGUUCCCUGCAUUUGCUACUCACGAGGAGCUACUGGUGCAGUUGACUAAGAACAAUAUUCUCAACCGACUGCAAGGCAAAUAUGGGUUCAAACGAUUCAGUCGGGACGGCUACAAAUGUGUGCUAGAAGACCCUAAUAGGAGGUAUUAUAAUGAAGGCGAGCUGAAGGAGUUCGACGGCAUCGAGUCGGAGUGGCCGCUGUUCUACGUGCUGAUGAUCAUCGACGGUGUGUUCCGCACGCUGCCCGACCAAGUUGAGGAGUACCAGAAACUGCUCAAGUCCAGGAUCUAUAUGGACGAGUAUGGAGAUCCAGUUAUCCCUUGGUACUACUAUGUUCCACGCGAAGGAAUCGAGAAUGAACGGAAUGAGCCAUAUUCCGUACGCAGAAUUCCAGCCAACCAUCAAGGGGAAGGCGAUAAUAAAGAUACGGGCGGGUUGUUCCUCUGGGCGCAGUCACUUUUCGUGCUGGCGCAGCUGUUGACGGGCGGUCUCCUGCACGUCAACGAGCUGGAUCCAAUCCGACGCUAUCUCCCCUCCUACAACCGGCCUAGACGCGCUGGUCGAUACUCGGCUUUCCAGGGAAUAGCAACGGAUCUGGUGGUGCAAGUCGUCCUGAUCGCCGAGUCGAUGCGUCUGCAAGCCAUGAUGGGCACAUAUGGCAUUCAAACGCAAACACCCCACGAAGUCGAACCUGUACAGAUAUGCAGUUCCACUCAGCUAGUCCAUGUGUACCGAGAGCUGGGCGUGUGCGAGAAGCUUAAACUGACCGGAAGACCCAUACGACCUGUGGGUUCUCUCGGUACAAGUAAGAUAUACAGAGUGUGUGGUAUGACGGUGUUAUGUUAUCCGUUGAUAUUCGAGGUGUCGGAGUUUUACUUGUACAGAGACAUGGCGCUGCUGAUCGAUGAUAUUAAGACUGAGUUGCAGUUUGUCGGAAAGUACUGGCGACUGUCGGGGCGGCCCACGGUGUGCCUGCUGGUGCGCGAGGAGCACAUGCGCGACCCGCACUUCAAGCAGAUGCUGGACCUGUUCGCGAUGCUCAAGAAGGGCCACUGCGACGGCGUCAAGGUGCGCCUCGGCCGACUGCAGAACCUCAUCUCCAGCUCCUGUAUUGAGCAUCUUGACUUCAUGAGUCAGGGGGAUUUCCCGUCAGAGAUGUUUACGCAGUUCAAGCAACUGCAGCACGACUACAUCGGCUACCAGUCGCUCACCGACGUGCCGCGAACACUCACGUACAGGGAAGAGACCCUCGACUAUGAGACUUAUAAAAACAGAUCUACACCUGAUGUGGUAUCGGCUUUACGGACAACCAGUAACAUAUUCGCGCAGUGUCAGCUGUGGGGGAUAUUGAUGCAGCGGGAAGGCCCUAUGUAUGAGGUAAACGGUACGAGUGCGCUGGACGCGCUGAAGGGUCUGUACGGCAGCGCGGGCGUGCUGCGGCACUGGCGCGCCGUUCGCUACUGCUCGUCGCUGCUCAGCCACACCGUGGACUCCAUCAGCCCCUUCAUCACCACCGUGCUCGUCAGCGGCAAGCAGCUGACCGUGGGCGUGAUCGGGCGCAAGGAGACGGUGUUCGACAAGCCCAUGACUCCCGGCGAGAUACAAUCAGUCAUGUACUCCACUAUACAGCCUUACGACAUCAUUGGUGCCGUGUUGCAACAGGAAAUCGUGCUUUACUGUGGUCGUCUAAUCGGAACUAACCCUGACAUGUUCCGCGGUAUCCUCAAAAUCCGCGUGGGCUGGGUCCUAGAGGCCAUCCGUAUCUACUUGGAACUUUUCCCUGAAGAGAAGAGAGCUGACGCCACGUUAGAGAGCUUGUCUCCGUAUAAGCUCCGUACGUUACUUCAAAAAGUCCUUACCGUGUCUGAUUGGGCGGAUGAAAAAGGAUUAACACCUUUAGAAAGGCGAAGAUUAGAGGGCUGCUUGUGUCGUGUGCCGAAACAUUUUUACGUGCAAAUAUGGGAUAUUCUCUUGAGAACACCAAAAGGAAUUAUUGUCGAGGGUCACGCAAUCCCCGCGCAGCCGACGCUAGUAAACAUGUCGCGCUCGGAAAUAUCGUUCGCCCUGCUAGUGGAGGAGGCGCUAGUGCGCGUGCCGUCCGCCGAGCGGCGCCAGCUGUGCGUGGAGCUGCUGUGCGUGCUGGCCACCAUCCUGCGCCGCAACCCGGAGCUGUACCUGCAGCAGCCGCUCAACCUCGACCGCUUGCUGGACGACGCGGAGCUCACGUACGCCAAGGACAGACAGGAUAGCGGCGUGGCGGAGGCGGGCACGCUGAGCGCGGCGGCGGCGGGCGUGGCGCUGGGCUACCUGGCGCGCGCCGUCGUCAACAGCGUGCUGCAGGCCGCGGCCGCGCCGCACGCCGAGGGCGCGUCGCACUCGCACGACGCUUGUCUAGUCUCUUAAGCUCUUAAUGAACACGGUCAAAAUGGGUGCCAUUAAAUAUCUACUCGAAUUCCAAUUUUGUGCGCUACGACGAGUAAAAAUUUGCACGUAUCUACAACGUUGAUUUAUUACAAUAUUAUUUCGAGUAUCGAAACAUAACGAAGCAAUCUAUAUUCAGAUUUCAGUUGUUUUAAAGUUAGAAUUCGUCUAUAGUGUCUAUAGCAUACGCCUAAAACAAAAACAUCUUAAAACAAAAACCGUAGUACGCAUUAAAAAACGACUUUUAAACAAUCAUUUUUGAGUCCAUUUUAUUUUGACUUUUAGUUUUAGGUCAACGUUGGCGAGAUGAGCAAAUGUACUCGAGGUACAAGGGUCGACCACAGUAAACAAACAUCGCUUAAUUUGUAUAAGCCCGUUUAAAAAAAUCAAAAUAGCGUCAAAAUCUAUGAUCAUUUAUUUAUACCUUGAAAAUGAACAGAUUUUUAAAUUAUGAUUAAAUUAAAUUAUGAAUGAAUCAUUGUACAAUGCAAUUACAAAUUGAAAUCUUACUUGGCACAGAAGGCUCACUCUGCAGGCUUUUAAAUAAAAGCAACUCUUUUUACGACACAAUAAAGUGCAAUUCAGCUCCUACAACCUGCAGUCUAAAGUUUAAAAAAAACCGCUUUCUUUCGUGUAAACUAGUACUUUCUAAUAUUAUAUCUCUCUGUCGCUCUCUAAUGAGAUUGAAGGGGAUCGGGAGCCGCAUUGCGCAUAGGAAAAUCAAUGGCAUACUGUCAACUGUCAUUUGAAAAUUACAGUUGGCAAAGAAAAUACUUUGCAAAUGAUGAUUUUUUCUACAUUAUUUGACUGUCUUAGAAGACUUAGUGCUUACAAAAUUUAUUGAAAAUAUUUUUUAAGAAUCUAUUGAAUCAAAAUAUAUUUCCAGAUAAGAUGUCCCAAUAUGAAAUUCAUGCCUAUUCUUAGUUGGUAUGCAUACUUAAUUUUUUUGUAUAUCUUUAGUUUUACUAUUUUUGAAAUUGUUUUUUAUAUGAAUAUUAAGUAUAUCUUGAUAUGACCUAUGGAAUUUUAAGGUGCGAUUUUUAUUAAACCAAUUAUAUUGUUAAUUAAAAAUAUUGUUUUAUAAUGUAAGAUUAAGCAAUGUUUACUGAAUUACCUGUAUUGAAUUUGACAAAUUUAUGAAUCCUAAUUUAAAGAUUAGGACUAAUAUAUGACUAUACUAAAUUACUUGGCAGUUUAGCUAUACUGUCCGUUUUGAAUAUAAUAAAAAACAUGUUACAAAAUAUUAUUGUGAUAUUUAUGUUGAUUAUUAAAAUAUACAAUCAAUGCCAUGAAAUAUUUUUUAGUGUAGUAUAAUAUAAUUUGUGUUAUAUAUUUUAAGUUAUUAGAUAAUAAUCAUUCGUUAGUGAGGAUUUUAUAAGCGAAAAGAGAAAAAGAUUUAUUACUUGUAAUUGAAAGGCUGUUUUUCCUUUAUUAUAAGAUCACAGAAUUAUUUCAAAUUAUAUGAAUGUUCAAAUGAAACAA